CUUCACCACAUCGCAAAAGAAAAGAAAGAAAAUAUCUUCAAAGUAUUGGAAAAAUCGUUUCAGUGGAAAAUAUGUCUUUUAAAUAACAUUGAUUAUAGUUAGAUAGACUUUAUUAAAUUACCACCGAAAAUGGUUACUAUCAUAAAGAAUCAGCUGUUGAAACACUUAUCAAGAUACACGAAGAAUUUAUCGCCAGAACAGAUUUCAUUAUCUGCACUUCGAGGUUCUGGAGAACUCCAAGACUUGACUUUAGACGAGGAUCUGCUGACAGAUCUGUUAGAAUUACCUGCCUGGGUGAGGUUGAGUUCUGCAAAAUGCAAUCGUGUAUCAUUCAGAAUACAAUGGACCAAACUGAAAACAGUUCCUAUACUUUUGAAUCUGGAUGAAGUACACAUAGCGUUGGAAGUGUGUACUGAACCUCGAGUUAUGAACCCGGGUGCGGCGGGGGCUAUGCCUGUACCGGGAAAAUACAGCUAUAUACAUAAGGUUAUAGAUGGUAUUUCAGUGGCUGUGAACCAAGUACAAGUUGACUUCAAUUGUGAUGCCUUUACCAGCAGUGUUCAGAUCUCAAGAGUAACAGUGGAAUCCCGCACACCAGAAGGUCGGAAGGGAGAUCUUAGACUGACGAGAAUCAAGUCCCCCGACACUGGACAACUUUUGAUAUUCAAGGAAUUGGAAUGGCAGAGUGCUAGAAUAGAGGCGAAGGCGCACGGCGCCGCGGCAGCUAAUCUGCCUCCUCUCCGCCUGUUGUUAGGCAACACGCAUUGCAGGAUUGUUAUCAAGAAACGACUCUCCGACUGCGCGGUGACGGGGUCUCGGCUGGUGGUGAGACCGGAGCCGUUGGCGUGGGCGCUGACUGAUGGUCAGCUGCGUGCUGCACUCGCGUGCGCAGCCGCACUGGCCGGCCCCGUGCGACGUGCAACACGUGCAGCAACGCGCGCUGCCGCCGCACGCAAGAUCGAAGAACCUCGCGAGCAAAUCCAAAGCCGGGCGAGUACAGGCGAGCGGGACUUGCUCGCGCGCAUGUUCGCCAAGCACGACGUGCGCGAGACCUCGUACCACCUGCUCGCGCCCAGGAUUGACCUGCAUCUCUGUGAUGACCCUGGACUGGGUCGUUCAGAGAUGCCGUCACUGGGUAAGGGCGGUGCUCUGCAGGUGACCCUGGUGAGCAUGCAGGCUGACCUCUUCCCCUACCACAAGGCAUCAGAUGACAGGCGACAUUGGAGGGGAUAUAGGGAAGCGGCAACACCACACAGCCAGUGGCUGUCACAAGCUUUGUCGACCUUCUGCACGGCACUGCUGGACACAUUAGAUCCUAGACCUUUAACACCCAGUAAUAAGCAACAAAGUAAUCAAGAGAAGACAGAAGCUCCAGUCUCCAAUGGACUUAAUCACAAGACGACUACGACUUCCCCGCAGACUGCACACAAUCCGUCCACUAAUGUUACUUCACAACCAUCUCCGACUCGCACUAGAAUACUGCAGCAACUCAGCAAACUGAUGACAACUUGUCUCGUACUCAGGAUAGAUGACUUCACUGUUAAUAAGGUGUCAACAGGAUCAAAGUCCCGAGAGACGCCGCGCCCCCUUGUGAGUGCGGAGAAAGCGACACUCCCCGGGGACGCGGGGCUGCUGCACGCUGAACUUACCUUCUUCUAUUACCCUGGCGAUGUAUGCUUCCCUGUACCUUCUCCGAAGUUGUACGUUCAGCUGAGUCCAGUGCGCGUGUCAGUGGAUGUACCGAGCGUGGUGUGGCUGUCCGCGUUCUUGCCGCACGUUGGCCGAGCGCUGGCCACAGCCACUGCAGCAGAAGACCAGACCAGUUACAUUGAUGUACGCACAGAGGCUAUUAUGCCUAAGUUAGUGCUGGAGGCUGGUCCGGAGCACGUGUCGCAGCAGAGGGACCGCCCCAAGGAGCUGCACAUCUGCACCGCCCGAGCCACAUUCACUAAUGUCAGGGAAUCACCUAGAUCUAAUACAGCAGGUACUCGUGCAGACCUCGCGUCUAUAAUAUCUUGCUUACGUCGUGCGGCGCCGCAAGGGGGGCAGUUCCCCUGCAUGCCUGAUGACCUCGACCCCAUACACGAACAGUUCUUGCUCCACGCUGAUAAUUUAGAUGACAUAGACCGGGGUAGUGCGAUCUCCCCGGAGCUACUGUGGCGUGAGAACCGGUCAGUGUGGUGCGCGCGCGUCGAGCCAUUGUGGGCGGACUUUUGUGGCGCACGCGCAACCAAUUACAAGCCCGCACCGUUACUCGACGCCACGCCCCUCACCGCUUGGCUUUAUUUCGAUGAGGGUUUCUCCCGUAUCUGGGUGAUCGGUCGAACCUGUGGACUGGCGGGGCUGCAGCUCAACCACUACCAGCUGCUGUUCCUGCUGCGUACGCUGGAGCGUGUAGCUGAGAUGAUGGCCUGGCUCGCACAUGACGCCGCGCGACAACCUGAUGGAGAUGAUGGGUCAAUAGUGGUAGGAAUUGUUGUGCCAGCAGUAGAGUUGACUCUGGUGCUGCCGUCAAACUGUCCCGGACAGGAGUCCUCCAGGGACCUCGACAGCGUACCCCUCGAUUCUUCCAGUCUACAAGACCUUAAAAUGGGUUCGGAGGCGACAAUGGCGCCCUCUAUGCAGGACCGUGACAGUGCCGUGCUCUCGCUACCCGCUCCGAUAGAGGUCUGUAGUGUGCAGCCUCUGCCUGCUGAAGAGGUACCGCCCAGUCCGGGGAUCAGUUUUGGAGGUUUCUCGUCGAUGCGUCGCGGUCUGACGUCACUGGUGACGUCACUGGACGCGCUGGGACGCGACGACUCACGGAGUGACGCGGCGUCAACCGCCAGCUCGGACAGUGAGCGGUACGUCCUCGUCGGCCUCGCCGCGGAAUCGCCGGACGAUGCUGACGUCGCAUUCAGGGAGUUCGAGCAGGGGCGCAUGUCUACGGGCGUGGAGGUGGCGGCUGAAGUGGUGGAGCGCUCCUCCUCACCCAGCGACCACUCCCUCGCCAGCUCCUGCAGGAGACGAGACCUGAUAUCGACGUGCACGUGGCGUUUGAACAACAUUCACUUGGUGCAGCAGAGCUCAGGCGGCAAGUCCUGUCUGCGUCUUGCAGCUGAUGAUCUCAGCACUGAUGAGUGCGCAGCCAUACCCUGGGAUGAGUUCCAGAAUAAGUUCUCGAUGCGAGCCCGCGCUUGGACGGAGCCUGGAGUAGAUGAUACUGAAUUGAAGACUAGAGAUACUCCGCAUGUCGCACUCAGACUGAUUAGAAAUGAACUUCCAAAACAAGUUGAUGAAAAGGGAGAGUCGACUGGUUUGGCUGCGUAUGAGGAGCUGCUGGAAGCAAGAGUGCGUGAUUUGAGUAUAGCUCUCAACAUGAGCACCGCAUUAGCGCUGGCAGAGUUCAUUGAAGACGAAAUCAUCGCACCACCCAUGCCUUUAGAGGUACUAAUAGAAAACGUAAAACUCCAUUUAAUAGAAGACCGUCCAACUCGUUCGAUAUCUUCUCCACCUCCUCAACCUUUGGACCUGGACCUGAGUUCAUUGCGAGUGACGCGCGACAACACGGGCGUGGUCUACCUCGGCCCGCCCCUCGCCACGCCCUCCACUGUGACGUCACCGGCCACGCCCACAUCACAACACGACGAGGCUGCGGAGCGGAUAGAACAGCUCAGCAAAGAGAACGAGGAAUUGAGGAAACGUCUCGUCACAUUAGCUAGGAUAGCUGAAGAUAAUAGGGAGUUGAGAGCCAAAGUAGAAGAGGCGUCAGUACUGAAGCAGUGUGUGCACGCAGCGCAGCAGGAGGCGGCCAACUUGCUGGCAGACAAGCAGCAGCUGUUGGACGCCGUCCGAGUCUUGCAGGAACAACUAAGCGGUUGUCGCAGCAAGAGGUAGCGGUCCCGCAGCGGCGCGCAGCACUGCCUAGACUGCACGGCGUGCUGCGGCGACCGACGUUGAGAGACCCCGCUGCAUACACGCUGCACCGCGCCACGGUUCAGCAUAUGCUGGCUACUGAUAUUCCACAUCGAGGUCUAAAUUUUGUAAACAAAUUAAUAUCUAGAAAAUGUGACACUUUUUUAGUGACUUAAAGUGUAAUGAAACUGUAAAAAAUGUUGUGAAUUUUAGUGUAAAAUUUUAAAUUUACAAAGUUUAGAUCUUUAAUGGAAUAGAUUAUAACUGUCUAAAGAUUUUCCAUGCGAUUUGAGUACAUUUAUAGUGUUAUUCAAAUAUCUUCACUGCUCGAAACAUUGUACGAAUCAAUCGCAAUGUUUGAUGCUUUCUCAAGGUCAUCAGCCAAGAUAUUUGCAAAGAACUAUACUUGUGGUAACCCAGUGAUUUGACUAAAAUCUAGAUAAGUUAGACUUUUAUAUAACAGACAUAUUUUGGCGCGAAUAAUUUUAUUUAUAAAUAUCAAAUAGAUUCAAAAUUUUAUGACCAAGCUCGUGGUUAAAUACGUCAUUGAUGGCUUCG